GUAAUCUCAAUGUAAAAAGUUGACUCAAAUGUGUGCAUAAUUGUGAGAAAUAUAGUGUUGAAGAAAAUAUGGCAUGUCUUAAUAAUUUAAAAUCAGAAAUUAAAACUCUUGAAAAACUCUUCCCGAAAAAUCAUGAACGAUUUGCUGUAAUUAACGCCAGUGUAGACGAAUUAACGUGUCGUUUCAUAACAAAAAAUGGCAAGAAAUUUGAUAUUCAUGCUAAUAUUACUGAAACAUACCCAUCAACACCGCCAGUUUGGUUUGCGGACAUUGAGGAACCGAUUAUUACGAAUGCAAUUCAAUUACUUAGCAAUACAAGUGGACUAGAUAACCAUGUUAUAAAUCAAGCUAGGAUAUUGUUAGGAGAGCUCUGUACCAUACACGCCUGCCCAUUACCGAACGAAGUUCAUCAGCUCAAUACGUUCCAUUCGAUGCCAACGAGUUCCAAUCAUCAUGUGAGUAAUAAUGGUAAAACGCCAGUAAAGCAUCAUCAAGAUGAGAUCGAUACUGAUCCCGAAGAAUUAGAGGAUGUUGUAGGCGAAAGUGAAGAAUCUGAUCCAGAAGAGGAUUUACCGUUAGAAUUAGACGAAGGUAGAGGCUCUAAUAAAAAGGAUGAGAUGGAAGUUGAGCACUUAGCGACGUUAGAGAGAUUAAGACAAACACAGAGACAAGACUACUUGCGGGGAAGCGUAUCGGGCAGCGUCCAAGCAACAGAUCGUCUAAUGAAAGAACUUCGUGAUAUUUAUCGUUCCGAUUCAUUUAAGCGAAAUAUCUACUCAAUAGAGCUAGUUAAUGACUCAAUUUAUGAGUGGAACAUUCGCUUAAUGUCUGUUGAUCCUGAUAGUCCGCUACAUAAUGAUUUGCUAAUGCUUAAAGAGAAGGAGGGAAAAGAUAGCAUUCUACUAAAUAUCAUAUUUAAAGAGACGUAUCCAUUCGAGCCACCCUUCGUUCGUGUUGUUCAUCCCAUCAUAUCAGGUGGUUACGUGUUACUCGGUGGGGCAAUUUGCAUGGAAUUAUUGACAAAGCAGGGCUGGAGCUCAGCAUAUACAGUAGAAGCUCUUAUUAUGCAAAUCUCAGCAACCUUAGUGAAAGGAAAAGCGCGUAUACAAUUCGGAGCUACAAAGGGUCAAUAUAGUUUGGCACGCGCCCAACAAAGCUUUAAAUCUCUGGUCCAGAUUCAUGAGAAAAAUGGAUGGUUUACGCCACCAAAAGAAGAUGGAUAAAAAAAUUGGACAAGAACUAAUGAACACUCAUUCCCAUUUCAAUCAAAUACAAUUUUUUUACAUACAAGAAAAAAAAGCAUAAUUAAAAAAAUGAGGAAACAAUAUAAAAAAG